UUAAUUUUAUAAUACAUUGGCCAGCUAAUGCCUGCUCUGCUUGGUGCUACCCCUCUCCUCUUCAAAUUCCAACAUGUUUAUUAAACCUCUCUAACAAUACUAAUUCGUCUCAUUUUUCUCUCAACAAAUGAAUGAGAGAACUUUUGUAGUUAUAUUUUUCUUCUGGGCUAUCCUCACAAUUAUCACUCCAACACUCAUUUUAUUGUCAGAAUCUUCAAAACCUGACUUGCUGCAGUUCAAUGUUGAUAGAAGUGGAGGACUAAUGAAUGCUAGAAGAAUGAUUGACUACUCAGAGAAGCAAUUGGCAAGAAAAAUUAUCCGAUCGGCACCGGCACCUGCUCCGGUGCUGGAACCGGUUUUCAGAACGAGAUGGUCUAGUUUGAGAAAGUUUUUUAAGAAGCUAUGAUUAUAGGUCAAAGAUACAUAUAUAUUUUCGAGCCAUGGCUAUGGAGUUAUUUAUUUAAGAGUUGUUUUAUGAUUUAGGGAAAUUGUUUUGGAGAUUUCAAUCCUAUAGUUCAGUUCAUGAAAAAUAAAUGUAAAAAUGCAAAAGAGAUGUAAUUAGUUCAUAGAUAGAUCAUAGAUAAAGCUGCUAUAUAGAAAUACAACUGCAUCUUUCUUGUAAA